GGAAUUGCAUUUUAUGAAAAAGAAGAAUUUUCUGCAAGUAUCAUAUCUAAGUGCACUUUUUGCUGAAUGCAUCAUUUCUAAUUUUACAGCUGUAACCCUUGGACUAGAAGCUGCAAUACUGAACUCUAUACGAUGCAUUAGGGUAUUGAAGGAAAUUAAUUUCUGAAUUAAGUAUUUGGAAUAUAAGGAAGAAAAGGUGACUAAAAAUGGGGCGGAAGAAAAUACAGAUCACACGCAUAAUGGAUGAAAGGAAUCGACAGGUCACUUUUACAAAGAGAAAGUUUGGAUUGAUGAAGAAAGCCUAUGAACUUAGUGUGCUCUGUGACUGUGAAAUAGCACUCAUCAUUUUCAACAGCUCUAACAAACUGUUUCAGUAUGCCAGCACUGAUAUGGACAAAGUUCUUCUCAAGUACACAGAAUAUAAUGAACCUCAUGAAAGCAGAACCAACUCGGAUAUUGUUGAGGCUCUGAACAAGAAGGAACACAGAGGGUGCGACAGCCCAGACCCUGAUACUUCCUAUGUGCUAACUCCACAUACAGAAGAAAAGUAUAAAAAAAUUAAUGAGGAAUUUGAUAAUAUGAUGCGGAAUCAUAAAAUCGCACCUGGUUUGCCACCUCAAAACUUCUCGAUGUCAGUCACAGUCCCUGUGACCAGCCCUAAUGCUUUGUCCUACACUAACCCAGGGAGCUCACUUGUGUCCCCAUCUUUGGCAGCCAGCUCAGCACUAGCAGAUUCAAGCAUGCUCUCUCCACCUCAAGCCACAUUACACAGAAACGUGUCCCCUGGAGCCCCACAGAGACCACCCAGUACUGGUAAUUCAGGUGGGAUGUUGAGCACUUCAGACCUCACAGUGCCAAAUGGAGCUGGAAGCAGUCCAGUGGGAAAUGGAUUUGUAAAUUCAAGAGCUUCUCCAAAUUUAAUUGGAACUACAGGUGCAAAUAGUCUAGGCAAAGUUAUGCCUACAAAAUCUCCCCCUCCUCCAGGUGGUGGCAGUCUUGGAAUGAACAAUAGAAAACCAGAUCUUCGAGUUGUCAUCCCCCCUUCCAGCAAGGGCAUGAUGCCGCCACUGUCGGAGGAAGAGGAAUUGGAGUUGAAUACCCAAAGGAUAAGCAGUUCUCAAGCCACUCAAGCCCUCGCCACCCCGGUCGUGUCUGUGACCACCCCGAGCCUGCCCCCCCAGGGGCUCGUGUACUCGGCCAUGCCGACUGCCUACAACACCGAUUACUCGCUGACUAGUGCAGACCUGUCAGCCCUGCAGGGCUUCAGUUCCCCAGGGAUGCUGUCUCUGGGGCCGGUGUCCGCCUGGCAGCAGCACCAUCUAGGACAAGCAGCCCUCAGCUCUCUGGUUGCUGGAGGGCAGUUAUCUCAGGGUUCGAAUUUAUCCAUUAAUACCAACCAAAACAUCAACAUUAAGUCAGAACCAAUUUCACCUCCUCGGGAUCGAAUGACCCCAUCAGGCUUCCAGCAGCAGCCACAACAACAGUCACAACCCCCCCAGCCCCAGGCCCAGCCCCGGCAGGAGAUGGGGCGCUCUCCUGUGGACAGUCUGAGCAGCUCAAGCAGCUCCUACGAUGGCAGUGACCGAGAGGAUCCGCGGGGCGACUUCCAUUCUCCGAUUGUGCUUGGCCGACCGCCGAACGCUGAGGACAGAGAAAGCCCUUCCGUAAAGCGAAUGAGGAUGGAUGCAUGGGUGACCUAAGGUGUCCAGGCUGGUAUUUAUAAUUUGUGUUACUGCAGUGAACUGCCCUACAUAUCUAAAUUGGUAAAUACGAACAUGAGUUAAACAUAUUUAUAUGUACAUACAUAUAUAUCCCUUUACAUAUAUAUGUAUGUAGGUGUGAGUGUGAGUGUGCGUGAGUGUUGCAUACACAGAAUCAGGCACCUACCUGCAAACUCCUUGUUGAUCUGCGGACGUGCGUCCCAAGGCAAACGAAGCACCCCGCAGCAGAGUCUAGUCUGGCACUUCCUUGGACUACUUGUUUCGUAAGAUAGCCAGUUUUUGCCGAGAAACAUGUACCCCGUAUAUAAUUCUCCCACACUAGCUUGCAGAAAUCUAGAGGGCCCCCUACUUGUUUUAUUUAACUGUGCGGUGACUGUAGUUACUUAAGAAAAAUGCUUUGUAGAACAGAGCAGUAGAAAAGCAGGAACCAAGAAAGCAAUACUGUACAUAAAGUCAUUUAUAUUACUCACCCAACCUGGCAUGGGUCUCUAUUGCAGAGGGGUGCAUGGGAAAGGGCUGUUGAUACUAAAAACAAACAAACAAAAAAAAACACAAAAAAAGGAAAAAAACCCACACAUAACUGUUUGCACGUGCAAAAAUGUAUUGGGUCAAAGAAGUGAUCUUUAGCUAAUAAAGAGAGAAUAGAAAACACGCAUGAGAUAUUCAGAAAAUACUAGCCUAGAAAUAUAGAGCAUUAACAAAAUAAAUUAAUAUAUUAAGUUAAAAUUGGAAUAUGUCAGAAGUUUCUUUUUACAUUGAUAUCUUAAAAAUUAAACUGAUUUUAGCUCAUGUAUAUUUUAUAUGAAAGAAAACACCCUUAUGAAUUGAUGACUAUAUAUAAAAUUAUAUUCACUACUUUUGAACACAUUCUGCUAUGAAUUAUUUAUAUAAGCCAAAGCUGUAUGUUGUAACUUUUUUUUUUAAAGAGAAUAGCUUU